AUGUACCUGUUUAUUCCACCCCAGUACGGCUUCAUCAACACCUGCCUCAAGUCCCUGGUGACGGAGAAGUUUGGAGAGGAGACCUGGGAGAAGCUCAGUUCCCUGGCUGAGGUUCAGGACACCUUCAUGACCUACGAGGUCUACGACGACACUGUGACCCUGCGGCUCGUCAAGGAGGCCUGCAGCAUGCUGGACGUGUCCCCCGAGGUGGUCCUGAAGCUGUUCGGGGAACACUUCUUCAGCUUCUGUAAGCAGGCGGGCUACGACACCAUGUUGAGAACCCUAGGGGGCAACCUCACCGAGUUCAUAGAGAACCUGGACGCCCUGCACAGCUACCUGGCCCUCUCCUACCAGGAGAUGAACGCACCCUCGUUCCGCGUGGAGAAGAUUGAGGGGGACGGCAUGCUGCUGCAUUACUACUCAGACCGCAAAGGACUCUACCACAUAGUACCAGGGAUCAUCGAGGCGGUGGCAAAGGACUUCUUUGACAGCGAGGUCACCAUGACGAUCCUCAACCAAUCAGAGGAGGACGAGCGCACGGGCAAGAAGGAGCACGUGGUGUUCCUGGUGAAGCAGCAGAAGCGUAGCGCCGCCCUUGUGGUGGAGAAGGGGCAGAGGCGGGCCAAGGACCCCCAACAGGUGAGGAGGAGCUCUUCACUGCCACUGAGGGAAGGUCGCUAUGGACAGGGGCCCCUGCCCCGGGGGGUGAGGAGCCACUGGGGUCUGGUCCGCAGCGUGGUCCUCUGGGGGAAAGGUAACCUACGCUACACCUUUACCCCGUCCUACCCUGACAAGCUGUGGAUGGAGGAGAAAGCUUUCUGCAACGCGUUCCCCUUCCACAUCGUGUUUGACCAGGACCUCAAGGUGAAGCAGACAGGUGUGAACAUCCAGAAGUUUGUCCCCGGUCUGCAGACCAAAGACAUCCGCAUCGAUGAGUACUUCACCAUCGUCCACCCCCAGGUGACCUUCACCAUCGACAGCAUCAAGAAGUUCAUCAACAGUCAGUUUGUCCUGAAGACCCAGACGGAGAUGAUUCCUCAGCACCAGCGCACGGCCCUCAAGCUAAGAGGCCAGAUGGUGUGGAUGCCCUCCCUGGCCUGCAUGCUGUACCUCUGCUCCCCUAAGCUCCGUAGCCUCCAGGAGCUGGAGGAACGAGGGCUCCACCUGGCCGACAUCGCCCCCCACGACACCACACGCGACCUGAUCCUGCUCAACCAGCAGAGGCUGGCCGAGAUGGAGCUCAGCAACCAGCUGGAGAGAAAGAAGGAGGAGCUGAGGAUCCUGUCUCACCACCUGGCGGCGGAGAAGAAGAAGACGGAGACGCUGCUGUACGCCAUGCUGCCGCAGCAUGUGGCCAAUCAGCUGAGAGAGGGCCGCAAGGUGGAGGCAGGGGAGUUUGAGGUGUGCACCAUCCUGUUCAGCGACGUGGUCACCUUCACCAACAUCUGCUCCGCCUGCGAGCCCAUCCGCAUCGUCCACAUGCUGAACUCCAUGUACUCCCGCUUCGACCGCCUGUCCAGUGUCCACGACGUCUACAAGGUGGAGACCAUCGGUGAUGCAUAUAUGGUCGUGGGAGGAGUCCCGGUGCCCACACCUAGCCACGCCCACAGAGUGGCCAACUUUGCCCUAGGAAUGCGAUUGGCUGCCCGAGAAGUGACCAAUCCCGUGAGUGGGCAACCCAUACAGAUCCGGGUGGGGCUCCACACGGGCCCGGUCCUGGCUGGGGUGGUGGGGGACAAGAUGCCGCGCUACUGCCUGUUCGGGGACACGGUGAACACGGCCUCCAGGAUGGAGAGCCACGGCCUGCCGGACCACAUCCACCUCAGCCCCAGCACCUACAGUGUGCUGAGGGGUGAGGGUUUUGACCUCCGGGCGCGGGGGGAGAUCGAGGUGAAGGGCAAAGGUCAAAUGAUGACCUACUUCCUGUUUGAGAACCUGAGGGCGAGCGAGGCCGCCAUCAUGGGACGGGACGGGGCGGAGAGCGGCCUCUACGUAGAGAACCAGCCUGACAACCAGCCUGACAACCAGCAAGAGAACCAGCCUGACAACCAGCCAGGGAAUCAGCUGGAGAACCAGCCUGACAACCAGCGAGAGACUCAGCGAGAGAACCAGCCAGAGAACCAGCGUGAGAACCAGCCAGGGAAUCAGCUGGAGAACCAGCCUGACAACCAGCGAGAGACCCAGCGAGAGACCCAGCCAGAGAACCAGCGUGAGAACCAGCGUGAGAACCAGCCGGAGCAACGUCAAGCGGACUGA